AAUGUUAUAUAUAUGCAACCGUGGGGGAAUGACCUACCUCAGCAAUCAGCUGUGAAGAUAGAAAACAAACCAGCUUAGCUAGUAGCCAAGAAAGCCUAUCAUUCUGGUAUGUGAGGUUCUUGUUCAUUCCCUACAGCUUUAAAACAGAAAUAUCACCCAAAGAGGCCCAUUCAAUUCCCUUCUCUUCAUCCCCAGUUUGCAGAGACACACGGAAUAUGAAGACAUGGAGGUUAUCAAUAGUUGUACUCGUGAGUUUCCAUUUCGCACUUGUUGUAGCAGAAGAGAUCAAGCACCAACAAAAGAACACUUACAUCGUUCACAUGGACAAGUCUAACAUGCCAGCAACUUUCGAUGAUCACUUCCAAUGGUACGACUCUUCUCUAAAGACGGCAUCAAGCUCGGCUGAUAUGCUUUACACCUACAACAAUGUAGUCCACGGUUUCUCCACAAGGUUGACGACGGAGGAAGCUGAGUUGCUACGGGGGCAACUGGGAAUUCUCUCCGUCUUACCUGAAGCCAGAUAUGAGCUUCAUACAACCCGGACGCCAGAGUUCCUUGGACUUGGAAAAAGCGUUGCACUUCUCCCGCAAGCUGACUCAGCCAGCGAGGUGAUUGUGGGAGUAUUAGACACGGGUGUCUGGCCUGAGCUAAAAAGCUUUGACGACACUGGGCUGGGUCCCGUCCCAAGUAGCUGGAAAGGCGAAUGUGAGACAGGCAAGACCUUCCAGUUAUCAAGCUGCAAUCGAAAACUAAUUGGGGCAAGGUUCUUCUCAAGAGGGUAUGAAGUCGCAUUUGGACCAGUUAACGAAACAAUAGAGUCAAGAUCACCAAGAGAUGAUGACGGUCAUGGAAGUCACACCUCAACUACUGCAGUUGGAUCAGCAGUUGAAGGAGCUAACCUCUUCGGUUUCGCUGCUGGCACAGCCCGUGGAAUGGCAACACAUGCCAGAGUUGCUGCAUACAAGGUUUGCUGGCUUGGUGGAUGUUAUGGCUCUGACAUUGUAGCUGCAAUGGACAAGGCUGUGCAAGAUGGUGUUGAUGUUCUAUCCAUGUCCAUUGGUGGGGGAUUGUCUGAUUACACUAAAGACAGUGUUGCCAUUGGGGCUUUCAGGGCUAUGGAACAAGGAAUCCUCGUAUCUUGCUCAGCUGGAAAUGGUGGCCCUGCUCCUAGCUCCUUGUCCAAUGUUGCACCAUGGAUAACCACGGUGGGUGCGGGAACUCUGGACCGUGACUUCCCAGCAUUUGUUAUGCUAGGGGAUGGAAAGAAAUUCUCUGGUGUGUCACUUUACAAUGGAAAGCCAUUAUCUGAUUCCCUAAUACCGCUUGUCUAUGCUGGAAACGCAAGUUCCUCGCCAAAUGGUAAUCUAUGCAUUCCUGACAAUUUGAUUCCUGGAAAAGUUGCGGGAAAAAUUGUUCUAUGUGAUCGAGGGUCAAAUGCCCGAGUACAAAAGGGUGUUGUGGUAAAAGAAGCAGGUGGAGUAGGGAUGAUUUUGACGAACACGGAUUUAUAUGGAGAAGAGCUGGUCGCAGAUGCACAUUUCUUGCCCACAGCAGCUGUGGGCCAGAAAGCUGGUGAUUCCAUAAAGAGCUAUAUCUCCUCUGACCCUAAUCCAAUGGCCACAAUCGCCCCUGGGGGAACGCAGGUGGGUGUCCAACCAUCACCUGUCGUAGCAUCGUUUAGUUCCAGAGGGCCAAACCCUGUCACUCCUGAAAUACUCAAACCUGACAUAAUAGCACCAGGAGUCAACAUCCUAGCAGGAUGGACUGGUGCAGUGGGACCAACUGGUUUACAGGUUGACACCAGGAAGGUGAGCUUCAACAUCAUUUCAGGUACAUCCAUGUCCUGCCCCCAUGUAAGUGGGCUAGCAGCACUACUCAAGGCAGCUCACCCAGAAUGGAGCCCUGCAGCAAUUAAGUCUGCUCUCAUGACCACAGCUUACCACACAUACAAGGGUGGUGAAACAAUACAGGAUGUUGCAACUGGAAGCCCAGCAACUCCAUUUGAUUAUGGUGCUGGACAUGUAAAUCCAGUAUCAGCUCUGGACCCCGGCCUCGUCUAUGAUGCUACUGUUGAUGACUAUCUAAGUUUCUUUUGUGCCUUAGACUACAGGCAAGAUGAGAUCAAGCGGUUCACAAACAGAGACUUCACCUGUGAUAUGAACAAGAAAUACAGUGUGGAAGAUCUUAAUUACCCAUCCUUUGCAGUUCCUCUGCAGACGGCCUCAGGCAAAGGAGGUGGUAGUGGUGAAUUAACAGUUGUUAAGUAUACAAGGACUCUGACUAAUGUGGGCACCCCAGCCACAUAUAAGGUCUCAGUGUCUUCACAGAUUUCAUCAGUGAAGAUCUCUGUUGAGCCAGAAUCACUGACUUUUAGUGAACCAAAUGAAAAGAAGAGCUACACUGUGACAUUUACAGCUAGUUCUAUGCCAUCUGGUAUGACCAGUUUUGCACAUCUUGAAUGGUCAGAUGGAAAACACAUUGUUGGUAGUCCAGUGGCUUUCAGUUGGACAUGAUUCUAGAAAUAUUUGCCUGCAAAGUGCAGAUAGCAUCUCUUUAUCUUAUAAUUAACUGUGUUCUAUAUGUAUGUUGUUUUCUAUAUGUACGUUGUACAGAGCCAGUUGUAGCAAUUGUCCUGCUCUGUGAACCACCACGUAAGAAAAUAAGUGCACCAAAAAAGAAAAUUGUACAGUGAACCAUGUAAGUGAUUGGCAUGCCAAUAUAGAAUCAAUUUGUAAGUUGUAUUAACUUUA